AUGGCACCACCGGGGCCCCCGCCGUACACACACGAACAAAUUACUGCGAUGACCUCACAGGAGGAACGAAUACGCGCCUAUGCAGAGCUCAAGAGUUAUAUUGCGCGCCUGAAGAAAGAGAAAGAAGAGCGCGAGAAUGCACAGGCCAGAGGAUAUUCUGCCAAUCCAUACCACAGCGCAUUUCAUCGAAAGCGAGGUGGCUAUGGUCAUGGUUUCGCCAACAAACCCUACCAUCCAUACCAGCGCCCGACUACACACAAGCACAUAGACGCGACCAAGUCUCGAGAGGCAAGCGGUAGUGAAAGCCCACUGCCACCAAACAGCACGGCCCCGACAAACGAUCAUUCAUCGGAGCUCCGGGAUCUCUGUCGCAUGUUUACUUCCGCAGGUGUGUGUUCACGGCAUGGGUGUCCUUACGUCCAUGAUCCAGACAAGCAAGCUGUGUGCAAACGCUGGUUCUACAAAGAUGCCUGUCCUAUGGGAGAGCAGUGCUCUCUAUCACACGAGGCCUCGCCACACAAUGCGCCUACUUGCCUGCAUUUCCAAGCUGGUCGAUGUGCUAACGACGGCUGUCGCUUCGCUCAUGUUCGCACCAAUCCCGCUGCGCUAAACUGCGAAGCGUUUGGAAACCUGGGCUACUGUGAGAAAGGAGACAAAUGCGCCGAACUACAUGCACAUGAGUGCCCUAGUUUUGCCAACACAGGAACAUGUCGCUACGGCAAUGAGUGCCGUCUGGGACAUGUUCGCCGUGCUUCUCGAAUGAGAAAGACUACGCGUCUCUCUUCACCAGCAGGCUCUCCUUCGUCGAAUACGCCUAAUCGUUCUAGGACCCCCGAGGAUAUGGUGACUGUCGAGGAUAACUUGGAGCAGAUUACACCAAAGGCCGGCGCUGACCAUGAGCCUCGUCAGUUCACACAGCAGGCAGACUUUGUUCCCUUCGAUGCAGACCAGUGA